CUCUUAACUCUAGGCUUGUCGAAAGUGAAGGGAGAAAGUAGGAUAUAAACUAACAUUCAUUUAUUAAAUGAGAAUCUGUAAGUCUGACGUGGUAGAGGGGUUGGGUAGCUCAUUCUUUUGCGAUUAAAAUAGAUUUACAAGAUUUAGCGAAGUAUUUGAUGAAAUUGUGCCCAAGAAAUUUUUUUGUGUCUUAUUAAAUUACAAUUGACAUUUGCUUUGUUUAUUUUGUACUCUUAGUAGGCAUACUCCUAGUUCCAGUCAUCAAUAUGCCGGGAGAUGAUCAAGAAAUUAUCAAACGACAAAAGACUGACUUAUAUUCACCAUCCAUGUCAGCUUGGGCUGUUCAAGUAGCUACCAACGUGACGGUGCAGAAGCACCAUGUGUCCAGAGACAAGCGAGGACAAGUUCUCGGAAAUGUCCGAGGCUUCAGAGGUUGCACCGUCUGGUUUACAGGAUUGUCAGGUGCUGGAAAGACGUCAAUAUCGUUUGAGCUGGAGGCUUAUCUGGUCGCUCGAGGUAUCCCCGCUUAUGGACUGGACGGAGACAAUAUCCGGACAGGACUCAACAAGAACUUGGGUUUCAGUAAGGAGGAUCGGGAGGAAAAUAUCCGGAGAGUUGCCGAGGUUGCGAGAUUGUUCGCAGACAGCGGAGUGAUUGCCCUGUGCAGUUUUGUGUCUCCUUUCUCUCAGGACCGAGAAAUGGCCAGGAAGAUUCACAGAGAGAAUGAUUUGCCGUUUUUCGAGGUAUUUGUUGACACUCCACUCAACGUUUGUGAGCAACGAGAUGUCAAGGGGUUGUACAAGAAAGCGAGACAAGGCUCUAUCAAAGGGUUUACGGGGGUGGACCAGGAAUAUGAGAAGCCUGAAUGUCCUGACAUGGUGGUGAAGACUGUGAGUGAAACCGUGGAAGAGAGUUGUAUGCAGGUUGUCCAACUGCUGGAGGAAAAUGACAUAAUCCCUCCUCAAAUCCGUCAGAGUGACAAGGUAGCUGAGCUGUUUGUGUCGGAGAACCGAGUGUCGAGCGCCAUAGAGGAGGCGUCACAUCUUCCUGCGCUCGCUAUCACUACAGUAGACCUACAGUGGGUACAAGUGCUGGCCGAGGGGUGGGCGAGACCUCUGAGAGGCUUUAUGACGGAGGACCAGUACCUACAGAGCCUUCACUUCAACACUCUGGGAGAUGAGAUGAGUCAGUCGAUUGCCAUCGUCCUGCCUCUCAGCACGGAGGACAUGGAGAGACUAAGCGGAGUGUCUGCAUUCGCCCUUAGGUACGAGGGUCGCCCCGUAGCCAUCCUGCGACAACCGCAGUUCUACAAACACCGCAAGGAGGAGCGAGUCGCUCGACAGUUUGGCACAACCAAUAGGAACCAUCCUACCAUCAAGAUGAUAUACGAGAGUGGGGACUGGCUGGUAGGAGGAGAAUUGGAGGUUUUGGAACGUGUUCGCUGGAACGACGGUCUAGACCAGUACAGACUCACACCCAACGAGUUGAGGGCGAAGUUCAAGGAGAUUGGAGCUGACGCUGUGUUUGCCUUCCAGCUGCGCAACCCGAUACAUAACGGGCAUGCUCUUCUCAUGCAGGAUACCAAAAGACGGUUGUUGGAACGAGGCUACAAAAACCCAGUUCUUCUUCUCCACCCCCUCGGAGGUUGGACAAAGGACGAUGAUGUUCCUCUGCACACCAGAAUAGAGCAACAUGCUGCAGUGUUCAGUGAGGGAGUGUUGGACCCUAAGUCUACUGUGUUGGCUAUCUUCCCAUCUCCCAUGCUGUAUGCUGGACCAACUGAGGUUCAAUGGCAUGCUAAGGCUAGGAUGACGGCUGGUGCUAACUUCUACAUUGUGGGUCGUGACCCGGCGGGUCUUCCUCACCCAGACCCCAGUGUGGGAGGGGACUUGUACGAGCCCACCCACGGGGGCCGGGUGCUCUCCAUGGCUCCGGGUCUGGCUGACCUGGAGAUCAUCCCAUUCCGGGUGGCUGCAUAUGACAAAACCAAGAGGAAAAUGGACUUUUUUGACCCAAAGAGGAAAGACGAUUUUGAGUUCAUCUCGGGAACAAAAAUGAGGGGUUUAGCGAAAUCUGGCCAGCUUCCACCAGACGGGUUCAUGGCGCCAGCUGCAUGGAAGGUUCUAUCAACGUACUACAGGUCUUUGGCAUCGCAGUGAUUGCACAUGCUAAACCACACUUGGUGCUAUCAACCUACUAAAGCACAACCUAGUGACCCCAAUGCUACCUACAUACCAACUUACGCUGACUACUUCUUGCCAAUCGUGUGGAUUCGUCAAACAAAAUUGAGAUGUUAGUGGUGAAAUUUAUGUUGUCAAAACAUAAAAAUUUAGGAAUUGAGAAUUUUGUUGGACAAAAUGAAAAUUGGUAUAUUUAGGACAUAAGAAUAUAUUAUAGUUUUCAAGAAUUACUAUUGAGAUAGCAAACUUAAUUGUGAAUGACUUGAGUUAAUCUUGACAGGAGGUACAAAAAAAUUUUACUAUUUUACUGUAUAUUUUUUAGUUUAGUAGUAGUAGUGUUGGGAUCUCUAAUUCACAUUCCCUUCCAGCAUUUACACAACUAGGUAGAUGCUUUACGCUCGCACUUAUCGUAUCAAAUGUCACUUUAAUAUUGGAAACAAGGAGUGUUUUGUCUUCAGGCUUUUUUGCGCAUUUAACUACCUACCUUGUAAAGUGGUUGGUAUUUCAGAAGUGGUAAAGGAGCUCAAAAAUAUUUAUUACUUAUUAUUUUGUAUUUACCGAUAAGGCUCCACUUCCCGAGAAAAUUUGUUAUUUAGUUUUAUUGCAACGUUUGGGUCUUAAAAAACUCAUAAUUCUUCUUAAUUGUCUGUUUUUUUUGUUCAAAAUAUGUUUUUGUUAUUUCCUUUAUCGUUAUGUGUCUUUUGCAUUAAUUUGACUAUUUAAAACUAGUUUUAGAGUUUAUAUUUUGUUAUUAUGUAAAUUAUAACUUACAUUGGUACUUGUUUGAAAUAAGUAUAAGUUCUAUUGGAAGCAAGUAUUGUUAUUGUUGAUGUACCGGAUUUUUUAAAAACUUAUUUUAUCUUAACAUAUUGUUUUGCUUAUAACUUUAAGAUUUCUACGCUCUUGAGAUAUCUAUGGCUUUUAAAGCACAAUUGAUUUUUUAUUGUUUUAUAUAUUUUAUGUGUUGUUGUUAUUGUACAUUUUUAUCAACAUGUUAACAUAGUUAUAAAAGUAUCUAUCACACAUAGCAUAUUUAUUAGAUCAGAAAAUGUUAUAAUUAAAUUUGUAUACAGUGUUGGAGUAUCGAUUUCAUUUCUAACUAGUCUAUAUGAACUUUUAUAAGCAAAAACUUUUUCAGUAUUGUGUUGGUUUUUGUACAAGUUUUCCAGGUCUAGAUGAUUGCCAGUUUGCUUUUUUAUUCUCUAACAUUCCAUUUCGGCAUACACAGAUUAUUAUUUGUUAAAACGUAAUGAUUCACAUUAUAAGUUAAACCAUUGAUUAUUGGGUUAAACACCACUCUGUCCUAAUUUACUAACUGUACAUACAAAAAUGUUCUCAUAAACUUGUUACAAAAAAUCAAUUUAAUAUAAAAUUAUUCUUUGAGAAUUAAGCUUGCAAUUUUAAAAUUUCAAAUGUAACUUUAUCCUAUUUAUUUAAAAAAAAAACAACUAUACUGUGGCUACUUACUAUAUUGCACCCUAAACAAUUGCUUUCAAUCUAUAUUGUAGCUUAAUUGUGUAUGUAUGCAAGGAUAACAUUAAGUACAAUUUUAAAAUCAAGGGUUUUGUUAAAAUUAAGAUUUUUUUAUAAGUUUUUAUUUAACACUGCUUGGUAAUGUUAAAUUAAAAAUUUGCAGUAGAAUAUAUCAUCAAAAGCUGUGAUUGUAAAAUAUUGUAAAUUAUAGUGCAUUGUUUAGGUUUUAAAAAUAAAUUGGUUUUUACAUUUAA